AAGCAAAGCCCGUCCAAGUUGCAGUGUGCGUCCGCUUUAGUUGUAGAAAGACGAACAACACCUAGAAAAAGAAAAAACCAAGAAGAAAAUCAAACAAAGUUGAGGCCAGCACAAGACAAAUAUGCUCGCUAAACCGAUCCUCGCUCUUUUGCUGCUGGUUGCCACAGCAAACUGGACAUCUGCGAAUCCUGUCCGUUCCGCUCGGUCUCCUAAGAAGGUUGUGGACUACAAAGUUGAUAUUCGUGAGACUGGGACACAGUACAACGAGACAAUCGAGAUAGACACAGAGAGGCAAACUGAACUGUUUAAAGUUCCUGCUCACAACGACGUGGACGAAAGCAAUAUUUUGCACGACUUUAAGACGAAUAUGACUAUGAUGCUGUUGCCUGAAAAAAAGAUCUGUUACCUUAUGCCACUGUCAGAAGACGUCCCGACGCCAGAAAAACUGGAAAGUGAUCUUGAUAAGACAGAGGAAGUGGACGAAGACAAAUCAAAAAUUAUGGAGAGCAAGUGGACAGUGGACAAUGAAAUGGUGGAUCGCUCUGUGUUGAGCGAUGAUUUGGCGAACUUCUGUCCUGAUUACCCGAUCUAUCGGGCGAAAAUGAUGGACGACUCAAUGACUUCUACAAGGAUUGAGACAGAGGGAACGCAACAUCGCAGUCGUCGACACGCGGCGUCACUUCCGCCAAUUCAUCCCUGUAAUCUGUGCGCAGGUGGAAAAGGCAGUGUUACCUACAGCGAUAGGUGUUGGUGUUCCUUGAGGGGAGGAUACUGGAGGAAACAAACCAAGGUAGUUGCGGUUUUAUGCAGAACGAUCCGGUAUUGCUCUUGGUGGAGGUGUUACCGGAGGCACCGCGUUUAUCGUGUGUAUUGUUCGCAAUAUGUUUGCGAACGUCCAACAUACAGGCCACACCCAUAUUAUAGGAGAAGCUUACUCCUGUAGAUAUCUACACCGUGUUAAAGGCAAGAUGGUAACGGAAAUCAGGUUUUUUAGCACAGCAUGACCAGUAAGCUCAUUUUUCAUUUGUUCAGUACCCUUAACUUUAAUCAUUAAACCUACAAUAGCUCUUUCCUUUUGAUAUUUCUUAGUUAGUGUCGUUAGUAAUGCAGCUUUCAGUGAGAUCUGUUCCUAGUGUUGUGGCGUUGCUCCUAUUUCGAAUUUGAUAGACUCUGUCAGACUAGAAAUUUUAACCAUUUCCCCUGCGUUAGAUCGUAUUUUCAAUGAGCAAUGUUGUUGAAAUACAUACCGACUGUAGCUAAUAGUUUCAGGAGUCUGAGGAAGCCAAGGCUGAGAAGCAAAAAUAUUUUAGCAGACAUUUUCCAUAGGUUGGUUUUUAUUUUAAGUCCUUUUGUUUUUUUUCCUCAGUUUUUACAAAAUUUUUACUUAUCACACCGUUAUAAAUGAUUCAAAAUGUCAUGAAAAUUGUUGUUAUAGUAAUGAUCCUACGUGCUAAGUAUUAUUUUAAUAAACAAGCAAGCUUCUUAGUUUUACAUA